CGUCAUUCGGCCGCAGCGUCGGAGGUGUUCGCUGAUGUGCGCAAAGUGAAAGAAGCUCCAUGAUGCUCUCUGUGUCUGCAGCCGGACUUGUUUUAGUGUUAGCUUGGAUUUAUCCAAGUGACGCGCUCUAUUUCCACAUAGGAGAGACGGAGAAGAAAUGCUUCAUUGAAGAAAUUCCAGAUGAGACCAUGGUUAUUGGAAAGUACAGGACUCAGCUGUGGGACAAGCAGACGAGUUCCUUCCUCCCGUCCACGCCCGGCCUCGGGAUGCACGUGGAAAUCAAGGAUCCAGAUACAAAGAUUAUCCUGUCUCGUCAGUAUGGGUCAGACGGGCGCUUCACCUUCACCUCCCACACUCCUGGAGAACAUCAGAUCUGUUUGCACUCCAACUCCACCAAGAUGGCUCUGUUUGCAGGAGGGAAACUGAGAGUGCAUCUGGACAUUCAGGUCGGAGAACACACCAACAAUUACCCUGAGAUAGCGGCUAAGGACAAACUGACUGAGCUGCAGCUAAGAGUCCGACAGCUGCUGGACCAAGUGGAGCAGAUCCAGAAGGAGCAAAACUACCAGAGGUAUCGCGAGGAGCGGUUUCGCAUGACGAGCGAGAGCACCAACCAGCGCGUUCUCUGGUGGUCCAUCGCUCAGACGCUCAUCCUCAUCGUCACCGGCAUUUGGCAGAUGAAGCACCUCAAGAGCUUCUUUGAGGCCAAGAAACUGGUGUAAUGUGUGUCUGAACGACAGCAGCUUUUGGAAACAACACGUGAAGACAGACUUUACUAACCGGAAUGAAGAGACGCCCACCAACAGUGCAGACAAUUCCAGGAGGAGACGCGGUCCUUAUAACAGCCAUAAAUGGUGCAAGCACAGAGCCGGUUAUCAAUCCUGGGGAAAAAAGUUGUAAAAGUUUUAGGUUAUUGUUAUUUUUCCAAUAGCAGCAUCAUUCCUACUGCCUUUCUUGUUGUGUUUGUUGUAUUUUAUCGACAACACUGUCAUUUUUCUAUCUUCCUAUUUAAGCGAAGUGAUUGUCUUUAUGGUCAUACGGGAGUGAAUGGCUGCUGCAGUAGAUGUGUUACAAGUAAUAACCUGAUAGUUUAUUGAAACAUGAUUUUAUGUAGGUCAUUAACUUCUAGGCUUUCAGCUGCGUUCAUCAUGUGCUCAAACUUAUGCAAAUAUUAUACUGGCCUUGAUUCCUUAUAUGUCAAUUUUACACCACUUUACUAUAACCCUCAUAUUUAGCACAUAUAAGCAGCAUAUAAACACGUAAUAAAUGGUUUAUUAACCAGUAAUGUGGUUGUAAGCAAUGUUAGGGGCACUUUAAGUGUUUAUUAAUGUAUUUGCUUCCCAUGAAGCAUUCAUAACUGGUGAAUAAACAGUUAAUUAAUAAUAACACAGUAUAACAAAGCUUAAACUUAACACACAAGAAUGCUCACUGUGUUAUAAAACAUUCAUUUUUUUACAUGCGAAAACGAAUCAUGACAGGUUUUAAACUACUUAUGAUGUUCAAAUCUUGCAAAGACAUGUUUAGCUUCAAGGUUCAUUUGUGAUUUCACAAUAAGUCAUUUGAUAAAGAGCUCUUAAGGAGUUUUAUGUGACACUAAGAGCAUGUAUGAUACAUAGUCUGAGCCGGGAUUGCCUGCACACAGCUCUCAACAUGGAGGUGGCUGAGAUGCAGCUAACAGUGCUAACAGUGCAAACAUCUGCAACAGUGCUGACGGAGCUUACAGUGUUAUGGGGAGGUGAACUGGCAUAUGAGUAAGCCCCCAGCAACAGUUCAGAGUCUAUCACAUUAUGCCAGAAAAAAAAGCUUUUUUCCUAUAGACUUAUAGUAUGGAAGAGAUAAAUCAGUGGAUACGUUUCUUCGACAUCACAGACCCCACAUGAUAACUCGUUUCACUGUCCAAAUUUGAUUAAUUCAUCCUGAUUACAUUUCAGAAGUCAAGAAGAGCUGCACAAUUAAAUCAUUUUAUCCCCUUUCAAGUAAGCAAAGGGUUAACCCUGAAGUUAGCUGCUCGGCUGAUGUGAAAGAUUCUGGCAAUGUUAUAUCAAGGAGGUUUUAUGCUUCACAUGCAGUGGAGCAACUUUUAUAGGUAAGAACAGGACCCCACCUCCAAUGCUGUAUCCAGUUUUCUUUGUACAUCCAUACGAAAGUGAAUGGCUGCUGCAUCAUAUGAGCACAGUGCAGAACAGCAGCAAUGAGCUUUCCACUGGGACACACAAAUGCACUAACAUGCACGCACGACCGGACUGGCCUGACAAAACAACCUACAGAGAAGCUCAGAUUACAAUACACAGAGGGAGUACGCCUUCAUUCUCCAACAUAUCUUUACAAGGCAGAUUGUUUUGUUGCUGACACAUUAAUGCGCUGAAUGUUGCAUUCAGCACUUUUAACUAAAGGGCUACUUAUAAGGUUCUUUCCAGAGCUUUCGGCCUCAUCCUGUUGACUUCAUCAGCUAACAGAGUAGGCUUAGUUAUUUCCAGAAAUACAGUUAGAAUAAUAAAUAAAUCUAAUUAUAAAUACCUAAUGUUUCAUGUUUAUGUAAUACUGUCAAUCAGUCAUUUUCUAUUUAUAUACCAGUCACGAAUGCUUUACAGAAGUUAUAAUCGCUGACAUUAAAAAAACCCUUAAAAAUGUCCCUUCAUCUGUUUACAACCAAGUUUCUAAGUUUUUAUAUGAUGCUUAUAAACGUUGAAUGGAGGCUCAAAAUUGUUACCAUACAUCCAUCUAAAGACUGUAUAUAGUUUCUAGCUAGAGUUGAGUUUCCUGUUCAUUUUACCAGAGCUAGUUCUGUAGAUACAGUUUGUGAUAUUUAUAACAGGAUUCUACUAAUAUGUUGUACAUAACAGGUAGUAUAUUGACUUUACAGUUAAUUUUUUACUGCCUUUUACACUGAUUGAACAUCUUCUCUAUUGUGUCACUAGUGUUGUAUUUAUUGAUAGUUGUAGCCCGUUUUAUUGCUGAGCUUAAACCAAAUUUACUGUCAUUUUCAUGAGCUAUUGUGGAUUUUGUGUAUUAAUGGCAGCAUUUACAAGUCCAGUGUGUAGGAUUUAUUUAUCUAUUGGCAGAAAUAGUAUUUGGUUUUCACAACUAUGUUUCAAUUAGAUUAUAAUCAUCUGAAAAUAAGGCUUGUUGUGCUUUCGUUAACUUAAAAUGAGCUGUUUGUAUCUAUGUACGGACCAAGUCCUCUUCCAGUGGAUUCAACCAUGUUGUUGUACGGUAGCCCAGAGCGGACAAACCAAACACUGGCUCAUCAUAAUUGUUCUACACUAGUAUGAUUUAAGUGUCAGUUCUGCGACAUAACCACUAGAUGUCAUUAAAUACUACACACUGAACCUUUAAUACUUUUGCAAAUUUUUCGGAUUCAUGAGUGCUUUGAUGGGAAUGUCAUUGAGUUUCAAUUUGAACAAGGUCAUCAUUUUUUGCAUGCAAAGUUUUGAUACAGUCCAAUUCUUAAGAUGCAAUUUGGGUAUUAAAUUCUACUCCAAGUUACUGUGGUCCAGAUGUCAUCUUCAUGUGCUUAAUAAAGACACAUUGGCGAAACUA